AUGGCGCUGAAUAAUCGCCCCCAAGGGACAUUACCUACCGACACACAUGUCAAUCUGAAAGAGCAGGGCCCAAAGCAACUUAUGGCGGCAAGUCUAAGAAAUGGUAGAGAACUUGAUCUAGAGCAAGAAAUUGCUCGCAAAAGCCGACCAACUGAGAUACUUGUGCCAGUACCAAUUGAGGAAGCAAACGAAGAAAAGGAGGUUGUAAAAGAGACUGAGAAAGUGCAAGAGACGACAUUAGGAAAAGUGCCCGAGCAGGAUAUAACUCAAGUCACAGGAAGGAAGCGACCUCCAGCACCCUUCCCACAGAGGUUGGCUAAAUAUCAGAAGGAUGAGCUGUACAAAAUAUUCAUGGAAAUGUUGAAGCAAAUUCAGGCAAACAUUCCUCUAAUUGAUGCUUUGAGGGAGAUGCUCAGUUAUGCAAAAAUGAUGAAGGAAUUGAUGUCGCGCAAGUUCGACUUUCAAGACUUGGCAACUGUGACAUUGACUAAAACCUGUAGUGCUGUUGUGACAAGACCUAUAGACGAAAAGAUAUCCGACCCUGGAAGCUUCACAAUUCCAUGUACCAUAGGUAGCUAUGCAUUCGCCAAAGCAUUGUGUGACUUGGGGGCGAGCAUAAAUCUGAUGCCAUUGGCUAUCUAUAACUAG